UUUCUGUUAUACGUAUUGUCCACAAUUAAAAUGAGUGCUAAUAUCAAUUUUAGCACCGCGGACUCCAGCGACGACGAAUCCAAUUCCGACGCAGAAUAUUCUGAAGGCGUACAGAAAAUAUUAUCGAAUGUCAAAAAUAAACGUAAAGCUGACGCAGGCAGCGAAGAUGAGCUUUAUGCAUUUAGUGAUUCAAGUUCCGAAUCAGAUGAUCAGAAAAUUGCUGACAGUGAUAUCGAAGGAGCUGAAGACGAUGAUCUCCCGGAUGCAAGAGCCUGGGGUAAACGUAAAGGCACUUAUUAUUCAACCGACUAUGUCGAUCAAGAUUAUGGAGGUUUCAAUGAUGAGCAAGAAGAAAAAAUUGCUGAACAAGAAGAAGCUGAAGCCAGAGCUAUGCAAGCACGUUUAACUAAAGAGUUGGAUGUUUUAGAUGAUAUUACUUUGGAAAUUUUUCAUAAGAAAACCGAUGCUCCUGAUGAGCCAGAAACAUAUGUAAAGACAGAUAUAUCCAAAUUAUCAACAAGGCAAAAACAACAGUUGUUCUUGAAAGAAUCACCAGAGUUUCCUGGUUUAGUUGAGGAUUUUGAAAAUAAAAUGGAGCAUCUUCAAAAGUAUUUAGUGCCCAUUAAAAAGCUCCAUGAAGAUGGAGAACUCCCAGAUAGUCCUGCAAUUGAUUUUGUACUCUGUCAACAUAAUUUAAUUUUGAAUUACUGCAACAACAUAUUGUUUUAUUUACUAUUGAAAUCUAAGAGAAUUCCUGUGCAAAAUCAUCCUGUUGUUAAACGUCUUUACCAAUUUCGUCAAUUGACUUUGAAACUUGAACCAAUUUUUGAGGAGGUGAUAAGAGAUCAAAUUGAGGAUAUAUUGGAGAAAUUCAAUAACAAAGAUACUAACAAGAAAAUUAAAAAUAAACCGAAAAAGAAGUUAGGUAUUCUUAAAAACUCCACCAAAACAAUUAAGCAGCAUUUUGUUGCUGAAGAACCCCCUGAGGAAGAUACUGAGGAGCAGCAACCAGUAUUACCAAGUAAAAAAAUGAAAUUGAAUACAUCGAGCUCGGAAUCUGAAUCUGAAGCUGAAAGUGAAGAAGGUGCUACUGGUGGCAAUACAGUGUCGUUGAAAGAGGAAGAUGGUAAAAGGGCUAUUACAUAUCAAAUUGCCAAGAACAAGGGUCUUAUGCCAAAACGCAAGAAGGAAAUGCGAAAUCCUCGUGUCAAGCAUAGGAAUAAGUUCCGCAAAGCUAAGAUUCGCAGGAAAGGAGCUGUACGUGAGGUUCGAACUGAAACUACUCGGUAUGGUGGAGAACUUUCUGGUAUCAAAGCGUCCGUGAAAAAGAGUAUUAAGAUUAAAUAAACAUAUGUGUAUAAACAAUAUUUGAUCACAAUAUAUAAACAAAAACC